AUGUCGACAGUGAUUAAUGCCGGCCGGCGGCACAAGGCGCCGCCACAGCUGCCAACAGAUGACGAAAUCGUCGUAGCUUCCGAGCGAUACCCCGACGUCGAUGAGGACAGGCGCGGUAUCAAGGGCUUCGCGUAUCCUAAAGAAGCGCCGAUCGUCUUUAUCAAAUGCGAUGACGAGGGUUUUGGAAUAAUGGAAGAGAUACGAAACCAGGCUUUUGUGUUUGAUAUUCUCGAGCAGAUGCCGCAGGAAGACCGCGCGGGUAUCCGGGUUCCCGAGAUCUACCGCGUUGUGAAGCGGGACUAUAAAGUACACAUCGUUAUGGAUUAUGUUCACGGGGAGACUGUUAAAGAGUUGUUGGAAAAGGGCACGCCAGACGAUCAACUAGAAGAAUGCUUCGACCAAAUAGCCAAGGCUAUAAAGCUAUUUCUUUCUAUCAAAGUUCAUGCUGGAACCCCCCCUGGACCGGUUGGAGGUGGACUUAUCAGGCACCCACUGUUUAGAGAUUGUGUUGCGUCUAUGGAGUACGCAUCAGUUGAUGAGCUACAGAAGCAUGUGUUCAAUGUACGCACGUACGCAGUUCUGGACUAUAUAGGAUCUCUUCCUGGUCUCUUGUUCAGGGAUCAUCACUUUCCUUCAGACACCUUAUCAGGCAACAAGAGUAGUUAA